GGCGCUCCAACAUCUUGCUCUGCACCGGGCUCAUACCAGUACACCGCGGCAGGGAGGGCACCGGGGGACCAAGAUGCACUUUCUGACCUCCACCCCCAUCCUUUUACUACAGCUGACUUUAUUCGGCGCGCUGCACGGUGCCAAAUGGACUUACACUGGGGCAGAAGGAGAGCACCACUGGUCCAAGCAUUAUCCGUAUUGUGGUGGCACUUAUCAGUCUCCAAUAGACAUCACGCCAGAUCUGCUGAGAUUUGAUCCAACGCUAAGUCCGAUUGAGGUUCAAAACUACAACCUGUCACCGACUGAGCAGCUCACUCUUGGAAAUAACGGACACUCUGUCCAAAUAUCAUUGCCCUCCAAGAUGCACAUCUUGGGCCUGCCUCAGCGUUACACUGCAGCUCAGCUCCAUUUCCACUGGGGCUCCUCCAGUCGGCCUGCAGGCUCUGAACACAUGGUGAACAGUAAGCAGUAUGCAGCAGAGAUGCACGUUGUUCAUUACAAUUCAGACAAAUACCCCAACAUGUCGACAGCUGUGGAUAAAUCUGACGGCCUGGCUGUGCUGGGUGUCCUGAUUGAGAUUGGGGAGUUUAAUCCAGCCUUUGAAGAAUUUCUAAAGUUCAUCAGUGGUAUCAAGUUCAGGGAUCAGAGAGUGCAGGUGCCUGGCUUCAACAUCAGAGCUCUGCUGCCUGCGCGUUUGGAUGAGUAUUAUCGCUACGAUGGCUCGCUGACGACUCCUCCGUGCUACCCCAGCGUGCUGUGGACGGUGUUCAGGAAUCACGUUACGAUAUCUCACAAACAGUUUCUGGCCUUAGCAACAACCCUCUACUCCUCCCAUGCCCAAGACUCAGCCCCUGUUCCACUGAACAGUAACUACAGGAAACCACAGCUCCCCGACAGCCGAGUUGUGCUGGUGUCGUUUAAGGAAGAUGAAGUGUCUUGGAUAAACACCGGUUUACUGGUUCCUAUACUGGUGAUCGCUGCACUGGGAUUUAUUCUCACUGUCUCUUUAAUAUGCUGUCUAUUAAGAAAAAAAAGAUGUGCUGCUGAGCAAGACAAAAGCAGACAUGAUGGAUACAACAUUGGAGACAAAGAUGAGUACGGCUCAAGAGUAUAGCACAUCGUUGUGGACUCCACUUCAGCUGACCUCAGUGAAGCUUCAGUUCUGACCAUGAGAACAUUGUCACUUUGCGUUGUGUUGUCAAGAAAUUGACCCUGCGGGGAUCAGUUUCAGCAUUUAUAGAGGCAUGCAAGGUUUCAGUUGAAGUUUGCAUGCAGCCCUGGGAAGCGUUUCUUUUCCCUCAAGCCACAGUGUUGACUUCCUUUGCUGUGUUGUGGCAGGCAGAACAUGGUAGUUCUCCAUGCUGGAUGUUUUACACCGAAUGACUAAAGGCAAGAGGCUUCUGUCCUCUCCAAUCCCCCUUUACUUAUUUGACAUGAUGUGCUGAGUUUCUUGAGGAGAACUCCAGCGGGAGCUUCCAGGCAAGGACAGUGGGAGCUGAAGUGGUGAGAAUCUCAGGUCAAAUCAGAUCAUGGCACCCCGGUCCCUCGGUCCGUCCCGGCAUGGUGGAAAGCGCAGCCACAGUCCAAACAAUAGGAGGAUAAGAACCGACAGACAUCCCUGAUGGCCGGAUGGCCUGAGAGGGAUGGGCUGUACCGCAUUUCCACCAACCCUGUAGUUAGAGUUGCUCUAUGGAUUUUAUAAUAAAAGGGUGCUUGGCUGCACACAAACACUGCUCCUUCCUUGUGAAUAAUUUGGAGAAAAAAAAAGCCUUUUGUGUUUUCAGGCUGUAUGUGGGCUGACCCCUAACCCCAGUCCGCCCGUUCAGAUCACGAGACUAACGUCCCCAGCACUCCCAGCCUCUCAGAUAGACCGUACAGUCAUCCACAGGACUACUGGAGAAAUAUCACGUCACCAUGUCACUUGCACAAGGUUUCCCUUAGCCGUUUUGGUAUGACCUGGGUUUGCUGUACGCAUGCAUUUCAUUUUAGACCCACUUUUUGAUAAUGUGCAUUUACCUCCUCGUAAACUGUGUCACUGUUACUGUAAACCCAAGUUUUAUAGACUGAUUAAAUAGGCAAUCUGGUAAAAUGAGGAAAUGUCGUAGUAAAACAAAUACGAGCUGACUGAGGUUCCUCCAACACAACAUGGUUUUGCCUGAUGAUUGCCGCUUCAUUGUUCCCGUCUCGUUGCCAUAUUUUUAAAAUGUGUCAAGAUGUAUUUGCUUUGUAAAUUGUAUUAUUUGUGUAACAAUGGUCUAAAGUGGUUUGUUGGUGUACAGUAUGUGUAAAUAAAUGCAGAAUAGCAAAUUAAAAUGUGUUUACAAAUUCA